AUGGCCCACCGCUUCGUCAUCCAGUCGAGUCCUCCCGGCAGCCCAGGAGAUGAUGAGCCAGCGCCGUCGACACCCAGCAGGCGAUACAAUGCCGGCUUCUCCUUUCUCGGCGAAAAUCCCUCCACCACGCCCGCCGGUCCACCGCCACCUUCCUCGGUAGCCUCCUUCACGCCCGCCGGCGCGCCGUCGGAAUCGUACCUGGGCAGCUCCAUUUUGCACGGUACCGGCACGGGUGGAAAACCGUUCAGCUUCGGCUCGCAAUCGCAGGCCAGUGGGAAGAGUCUCUUCCACCAGAGCGAAAGCUCCAACGCACCACCUCGCAGGAGCCAGAGAAUGCCAUCGACCUUGAGCAGGCAGUUCAUCGUCGAUGACGACAUCCAAGAGGACCAGGACGCCGAGGGCGAGGAGGAGCUGCCUCCCUACGCCGGAGGACUGUUCAAGCGGUCAAACAGGGCCGUCGACCAAGGCGAUGACGUCGACGCCGAACUCGAACGAUACAUCGAGGAGGAUAUAGAUGCCGAAGGCGACACCCAGGAAGAACCGCAGUCGGAGUCGGAAAUGUCCCAGGACGGCUCGGCAGACCUGUUCCUUAACAUGCGACAUGACGACCGAGCGUACGGAGAGCCGCUCAUGGGCGAGGGAGACGAUUUGAUCAUGCUCAACACGCCGGCGGCCAAGAACAAGGUUCGCAAGGAGGCACAGAGCCUCGUCCGCCGACCGGCCCGAGCCGGAAACGGCCGCCGAGAACCGCUGUUUGACUCGAUCGCCCGCGAACUGUACGGCCAGCAAGAGCCGGCGCGGAUCACCGAGCCGGCCGACCUUGUGCUCAAGACGGAAGAGUUGGUCUGCCGACUCUACUACGACGGCGUCGGGACCGAGGACGACGCGGAGAAGAUGGACAAUUCCCUGGCAAACAUCACCCACCGGCUGCUGAGCCUGUGGAACGAACAUGUCGAGGCCCUCCCUCAGCCAGAGGGCGAAGAUGUUGCCACCGUCGGGCCCGGCUCGCAGGCCGAGCUUUUUGAAAAGGCCGCAUACGUCGCCGAAUUGAUGCUGAGAAUGCACCACACUCGAUUUACCGACGACGCCGACGACGACAAGACGCCACCCCUGCCCGACAUCCUGUUCGAUUGGCUGCAGACAAACCACAACCUCUAUCCCGACCAGGUCCGAGAGAUCGGCCGACACAAGCCUAGCCCCGCCUGCCACAGCCUGUACUGGCCGACGCUGCGCUGCGCGCUUCUCCGCGGCGACGUGGCCGGCGCCUCGCAGCUUCUGAGAAACGCCGGAUGGGAGAAUGUUCGGCGAGGACCUCGGGGGGACAGGGCGUACGCGGGUCAGUCACUCGACAACAUUCGUCGGUUCGCGGGCGCGACCUGCGACAUGCUCGAGCAGUGCCCCGCCAUCAAGUCGGACUGGGACAUCUACAGCAGCGGCUGGACCUUGUUCCGGGUUCAGGCAAGGGGAUCCCUCGACAGGUUGACCCUCUUCGCCGAGGGCAGCGAGCCUCAGGCCGGAUCGGUGACGCCGAGCUACCAGACAAUGUCGACGAUGGCGAGGAAGGCGUCGAGCCAGAUCCCCUGGGACGUCUACGAGAACCUGCAAGUCGUUUACGGCAUCGUCCUCGGCAGCCACGAAUCCAUCAUGGACACGGCCCAGGACUGGUGCGAAGCCACCAUCGGCCUGUUCGGCUGGUGGGAUGACGGCACCCAGCGAGAGAAGAGCCUCCGGCUGUCCGGCUUGGCGUCCUCCCGCAUCGCCGACUCUGCCGACUAUUUCGACCGGCUGGCGUCUGCGUUCCACACGGUGCUCGAAUCAGACAUGAACCCGAACGCCAUGGACCCGGUCGAGGUGGCCAUCGCGUCGGCGUUCGAGGGCAACGUCAACGCCGUCAUCGGCUGCCUGAGGACCUGGUCACUUCCGAUCGCGACGACCGUGGCCGAGAUUGCCUCCCUCGGACAGUGGCUGCCGCCGGCCGAGACUUCAAAGGCGCUGCCGACGGACACCCUCGACAUGGACGACCUCGCCCUCUUGGGCGUCAUGCCGCCGACGAUGGAUGACAUGGACGGAAUCAAGGACACCACCAUGGUCAUCUACGCCCGCGAGCUGGCCGGCAUCGAGCACCUUUCGGCGCAGAGGGACGGAUGGGAGAUUGCCAUCCAGGUGCUCGGAAGGAUGGACGUGCCGCAAAAGUCGGAGGAGACGGUCGGCGAGCUGCUCCGAGACCUGCUGGCGAGGCUGCAGGUGGACUCGAGCGCGACGGUGGACAAGAUGUGGAGAAUACUGAACGAUCUCGGCAUGCUGACGUUUGCCGAAGAGACGGCAGAGACGUUCGCCGACAUCCUGACCAGGGAAUCCCACCGAUACGGCGAAGUUUUGUGGUACUACGCCCUGUCCCAUCGUACCGAUCGCGUGCGCGAGGUGCUCAACCUCCUCAUGUCCUACUCGCUCGUCCAGUCGACGGCCUUCCCCGCAGACAAGGACCUCGACGAGGACCUCGGGAACCUGCUUCGGAAGCGGACGGAGACGCUGGAGCAGCGAGCGAAGCAGGACCUCGAGGCGGCGCAGCUGCUGGGCCGAAUGCUCAGCGGCUACGCGACGCUGCGCAAGUUUUACGAAAUCAGAGACGGCGUGCACGCCGACAUGCCGGCCUCCAAGGUCGUCGCCCUCCGGAAGCAGGCCGCCUUUGCGCUCGUCGCCGUCAUCUCGAGCGCCGACGACAACAUCCGCGGUGGUCUCUACGACGAGAGUCGCGACGCCGUCGUGAGCGAGGAUUUCAUCCUCGCCCUUCUCGGCGAGGCAACCGUCUUCAUCAACCAACCGGUUGCCGUGAUUUCGCUCGAGCAGAUCGACAUCCUGCUCAAGGCCAUCGAGGACGUUCAGACGGUAGGCUCGCGCGUCUACAAGACCUGCGACGAUUUCUUCCACCUCGUGCUGUCGUCCGGCCAAGGCUUGAAGGGAUCGACGCCGGCGGAUCUCAUGAACAAGUCGACGACGUCGCUGAGCGGGAGCAGCUACGUCAUGAGCGGCAGCUCCAUGCUGGCCAGCCACCUGCACAAGUCCGUCUCGUCGGCCGGCAGGGUGCACCGCGGAUGGGACUGGAGAAAGGGGCUGCUCGUCAACACGACGGGAGAAGCGGUGCUGCGGAGGAUGCGUCUGGGGUUGGCCAAGGAUCUUGCCGGUCUCUGGCUGCAGGAGGCGGACAGCGUUGCCCUCUACCAAUGA